CGAAUUGACUAUAAGCCAUAUUGUAAGCCAUCCCCUGAUUCUACCUCUGGAUUUGUAAUGUAUGUAUGGGAGUCUAAAGAAAAAUUCACACCAAACAACUUUACAAAGGAAUCAGAUUUUAUCUCCUUUGUCCAAGCUUGCCAUGUGCAGAUAGUGCUGUUUAUUUAUUGUAGUAAUAACACUUCAAAUAGUAAUUUUGGAAUUAGUAAAUUCGGAAACAUUAUUAAUAUUUAUGCUGUAACUGUCGUAGUCACAACAUGGCAAAUAAUUGAAUAUUUAUUUGAGCAUAGAUUUGCCCCUACAACUAAAUUCG